AUGGCGCCACCUCCCAUCCAGCUCUUCCUCACUACUAUCAUAUCUUCGCCCACAGUCCGCCAGAGACAAGAGUACAUACUCCGCGUUCUGCAGGUCAAGAAGGUCUCCUUCAUCUCUUAUGAUCUUGCAUCCGAUGAGGAUGCGAAGAAGUUAUGGCGCAGAAAAGCUCCACGAGGCUACGAAGAAGCCGUCGAGUUCGGCGAGCUGGAACAAUUUCUCCGUCUAAACGAAGACUAUAAGCCCUUCGAAGAUGAUCAACCCGCUCUUCCCGCUAAGCCAGUGGGCGUGGCGGGAGCUUACACCCCUGCCCAAAUGCAUCCACAUCACCAAGCCACCUCAUCUCCAUCAGCCAGCCCUUUGAAGAGCAAGGGAAGGGUAGUUUCAGGUGCAAAGAGGUCCGAGACAGAUAUUGAUGCUGGAGAGGAAUUAGGCGACUCUCGUCUUCAGGGUGUCAGCGUAACAGAGGAUGAGCUCCUGGCUCUUGUAGAGGAGCUUGGUUUAGGGGGUGACGAUGCCAACGAUCUAGUGAAAGGGCUCACAGGCGAUAGUCCGCCAUCUAAAGGGGAAGGUGCGCAGAGCGAGAAGCUAGAAAUGGAAUUAAAAGCUUGA